UCCCCUCAGUGUGUGAGAUCUUCAACAAGAGGGGAAAGAGUCGGUGAACACUUUCCGUCAGCAAGUGGGAAGGCGGUUUUGGCGAGGAGAACUAAUUCGCCUCCACCUUCAAAGAUCUUGCUGGUGAUCUCGCCUGAGGCGACAACGGUGCGCCGGUGGUGCUGCUGAUUCGCUGAGUCAGCAUUGAAUCGCGAUCAACUUGAUCGAUCGAUCCGACCCCAUAAGAUUCCGGAUUGCUGUGUGUGAUCGUCUUGAUCUCUCCCUCGUACUUGUGUGAUCUCUCUCUCUCUCUCCCUCUCUUGCUCUCAGUUGAUCUCACUCUCGUGUGUCUGGAAAGCUUAAAGACUGGUACGAUCUGGUCGCGAUCAAUCAUUUACACGCGAACCUGCCUACCGGACGGACUGUUGUGCGAGUGUAUUGUGUGUUUGUGAGGGUGUGUUUGUGUGUGCUUGUGCCUAUUUGAAUCUGGUUAGUUCCUGCUGCAUUGUCCCAUUUUUUUCUCACCUUGCUUGCAGUUCACGUGUGGUGCAGUGAUCAAGUUCAGCGCAAAGAGUGAGUCCCAGAAUCGCGGAAGAGUGAGCAACAGCUGGCAGUGUGUUUUGGUGCCUAAAAUCAUAAUCCCCAACCACGCCAAUACGAUGAAGUGGAUGAUUCUGAGCUGUUUGGUGAUCGCCGCGCUGAUGAUGCACGCCGGUGACGCUCGGCCAGACAAGUACAAGGAUUACCCGAAAAAGGGUGGCUACGUGCCGGUCUAUGUGCGCUAUCCCAACCAAAAGCUCGGUGCGAUCAGUCCGGAGUUGGCGGCUGCCUUUCAGGAAAGCUCGGGACGUAGCUCCAGGGGAAAGCUUAUUCAGCUUCUUCCUUCAAUUUCAACUCAGGAACUGAACCGUCCGGUACGCUUCUCCUCCGAGUCGAGCAGUGACGAGGAACUGCACAAUGACAUCACCGCCAAGCCCAAGGCAGUCAAGGUGGACUCGAUCAGCAGCGAAAGUAACUCUAACUCGAACGAAUCCAUCUCGAACGAAAAGGAAGCAAAGGAGGCGAUCAAGGAGCUGCUGAAGCAGAUGAACAAGAUCAGCAAAGCGGCUGCUGCAGCGAAGACUAAGAAAGCUUAGAUGGAGGAGAGAAACAAAAGCAACAAGCUGCCAUUAGAAUAGAAAUGAAAUUUUAUAUCCCAACGACAUACUUUAGACUCAACGAAGAUACUCAAGCUGUAAAAACAACACUGCCGCAAUGGGUUGAGAGGGCAACGAAAAAGCAAUUAUUUGCUAUUCCAUUUAUUUAAAGAAGAAUAAAACGAUACUAUUUUACUUCUACU